CGUCUACCUUAUAUUGGCGAACGUACUACCAACGGAUUUCUCAUUAGGCUUCUCAUUCGUCCGAGUCUUAUGGAGGCUCAAAGUUCGAUGCUGAGAUCAUAUUCCUGCCACCGACCUACCCUCGGGUAACUAUGCUUGCCCCUUGGGCCCCCAGGAUUCUACGUGAAACCUCUUUAGCGACACCGGGCCUUAGAGACACAAUGAACAGCAUAAACAACGCAAUGGAGACGCAACACAACAUAGAAAGGCCCGAUGACAACAUGGCCCGGCCUCCAAGCCCUACCUCCAGGUCUUCUAGUCUUUCUCCGCCACCAUCUUCACCUUUGGACGAAUUGCCCAUACCCUCACCCCCACAGAGCCCUUCCCCUGAACGCCACGAUAUAUCUCUCGAUAGUAUUACAAUAUCAUCGCCGAAAUCCACCAUCGGUCUCCCGGAUAUGGCACCAGUAACACGAAGCGCUUCGCGGAAACUCGUCGCCCAGAUAGACCCUCAAGAGCCCCACGAAGUGGAACAGGAAAAGGACACUAGGGACACGACUUCCAUGUCCAAGCCUAAAAGCAGCGGAAAGGGCAUUAUCAAGAAGAUUACCAAUAAGGUUCCGCGACAGAAAUGGACACCAGAAAGGCUCCUGGCUGACCCAAAGUCUCCGGUUGCGCGAGCGGACAUCAGAAGCCUCCUCUGCAAUAACCCACCGGCAUGGGACAUCCUGACUCCGCAGGAGAAGACUGAAAUUCUUGCCCUCUUUCCGUCGGGGACCCCUAUCAUCAAUGCCGGUACACCUGACGCCCGACCCGACAUGGCUCUUCUCGCUUCAGACGACAACUUCCGGCACGACUGCGCACGAUACGCCGAGAACCUGGCCGAGGGAAAGCACGAUCCCCAGUGGUUAGCCGAGGCUUGGGCCGCCUCCGAGCAACGUCGGGUCGGGGAGUUCGAGAAGUACCUCGAAGAGAAGUUUGAGGAGGAAUGGGGCGUCAAGUUGCCGGACCACAUGAGGCGUAGUACGGAUCGCCCAGCCACUUCACAGGCGGGCAGUCAGGACUCUGCGCCCUCUAGCCACCCGGGCAGCCAAAAUGCCGACAAUGCGCCAGACGAUAGGAACGAUGCGGGGGAUGCUGGAAGGGGAGAGGUGAAUGGUGACUGUGAAUCGGGCGGCUCUUACGCGGCAAGAUCUCCCGCUGCCGAAGGUGCUUCCCCUGCUAAGAAGCAGAGGAUCUCCUAGGGGGUUGCGGGAAAACGGCUACUGCUCUGAAGUUUUUGGAGAUAGUUAUCGCUAUACGAGGUUUCGCCAGGGCACAAUGAAGUAAGAGCAUUUGAUGGCCGAGUUCUGAGACCGAGGACUGUUUUAAGGGAGAUUGAUGUUCUCCUGAACGGUUCCCAAUGCGCCACCAGAGAACUACCAACCCCGGGGGUGGCUUAGAUUCAAUAUCCGAGCUUGUGACCCUGGACCGCUGGUAUUCCCACGCUUCUUCGCUGGCGCUUACAUGGCCCGCUUCCCAUUGCAAAAUUCUGGGCGCCAUGUUCGUCACCGGGGGGGCUUGUGAG